CAUAGCCUAGUGGUCAACGUGCGCGGCUUCCACGAAGAAGACCGAGGUUCGAACCCGGGCAGCGGACACACUUUUUUUUUUAACGUUCUUGUAAAUUCGAGAACCUUCCCUCAUGUUCAUAAUCAGAAUGUCCUAUGCACCGAACUUUCUACGCCGAUUGCUCGAAGGCCAGACAUGUAUAAUAAGGGCUCUGUGUGACGAGCUGGAGUCGAUCUUGCUCAAGCGCUUGACACUGCUGCUACGCCGACGCCUGCGGCGCUACUUAUUAUUUUGUUUUGGCACAAGUUCGCCUUAUUAAACAUUCAGUUUCUUUCGUUCUUUCACGCCUCUUCAUCAGUCAUUCGUGACAGUAUUAAAGAAAUAUCUACUCACGCAUGCUAUCCUUUCAUUUCAAGAACUGUCCAUGGCUAACAGCUGCAGAGAUGACUUCAGCAACGAAGAUUGCCAGAGUCCUGGAGCUGAAUGUGAGGCCGAUGCCGACCCUGCCACAGUUGCAGCCGCUUCCGGACUGGCCCACUUUAUCAGUGCUGGUGUGAACAGCGCAGCCACCAUCAUGGGUGUUGAAGAGGAGCUGUGUCACCUCAAGCGAGAUAUCGGUGUUCAAGUGAACACAUGGACUGAGGGGAGAAGACAACUGAUUACCAUCUCCACUGUUAAGGACGAACAGGCACUGUUAGUGCUAACGGGCAUUUCAAGCUUGGAGCUGUUCUACAACAUUGCCAAUUUGUUCACCGACGCUCGGAGGAAACAGUCGAAGAGGAGCUUCUCACUUAGCAAUGAGGAUGUCAUCCUGCUCGUCUUCACCAAGCUUUACCACAAUGUGUCUUUUUCGCUGCUGGCCGUCCUGUUUGACGUACACCGCACUACGGCGUCGAGUAUCUUUAAGGAGGCCAUUGUACUGCUAGCAUCUGUUCUAGGGCGUGCAAUCUACUGGCCUGACAAGGACCACGUCACUGCAUGCCUCACGAAGCACUUCUAUAAAUACCGCAUGACAAGGGUGGUCUUGGACUGCACAGAGAUUGCAAUUGAGCGACCAAAAGACCUGCCAUCACAGAUCUUAACGUACAGCAUUUACAAAAAAACCUAUACUGCUAAGAUUUUGAUUUGCACAACCCCUGGAGGCCUCAUUAGCUAUGUGAGCCGUGCCUACGGAGGUAGGACCUGCGACACACACAUAACCCGGGAAAGCGAAGUUCUGACCAAAUGUGAGCCCCACAUUGACAAGGUAAUAGUAGAUAGGGGCUUUUUAAUUGAAGAUUUGUGCUAUGAGCAUGGGCUCGAGAUGAUCCGGCCACCUUUUCUUGGCCAGAAGAAGCAGCUGUCGCCUGGUGACGCAAAAAGAAAUGCCAGCAUUGCGAGUGCCAGAGUCCAUGUAGAAAGAAGCAUUCAGCGCAUCAAACGCUUCAAGAUCUUGCACCAGCGGUUCCCACUUGAUCUGCUUGCGUACCUUAACAGCAUUGUCACUACGCUUGCAGGAAUUGUAAAUAUCUCGAAGCCACUGUUUGCAGACGACAAAUAUUUGUUUCCAUGA